AUGGCCAGCCUCAAAAGAAGCAAAACGAUGCUGGCGGAUGGACAGACCGCCAAGUUCCUUUAUACAAUAUUAAAGCAACUGGACCUGAAAUCAAUCGACUGGAACCUUGUAGCAUCGCAGCUAGAAAUCACAAAUGGCCAUGCCGCUAGGAUGCGUUUUUCUAGGUUUCGACAACACAUGGAAGGAAUCACCACCACCCACCGCACGCCGCGUCCUAAAAAGACCAAAGUUGACAAAACACAGUCGAAAAAGCAGCAGCAGUUCAGUGAGCCAAAGCAGGAACCAACCGCCAAAACAGAGCAAAUGGUGAAACAAGAAACGGAUAUUGAAUUGAAUGACACAUUUCUGCCGAUGAAAUAUAUGCCAGCGCCUGUUCCUGUCAUAGAGCAGCAGCCUUUCUCCACAACGACUGUUGCACCCGGUGACCUUGCCCUUCCCUAUCCGAUCAGAAACCCAGUUAUCAGGUUUUCGAGACCACCGCCAACCGCUGCAGAAUGGAGCCGAAUUAAGAUGGAAAAAGAGGAGGGAGAUGCGGCUUCAUCGCCUGAUGGGUUAACCAAAAUUCAGUGA